CGAGGUAAGCAGUCGGGUGUGUAAGAGGCAGUAGAUAAGAAAGUGAUUUUGAAAUAACUUGGAUACUUAUAUCAUUAUCGUGUCCUCGAUCAUAGAAAAAUAACAACACACCAACAAUGAAAUGGUGGACUUUUAUAAUUGUUCUUGCAAUAGUAAUUUCGUUGACAAGUGCCAGAGGACGAGGAGGAGGAGCCAGGGGUAGUUACAGAGGCUCAUCCAGAAGUUCUUCCUCUAGAAGUUACCGCUCUGCCUUUAGCGGUAACCGUCUCUCCAGCUCUAGUAGUAUUCGCUCCGCCUUGCUGCUUGGAACAGUGUAUGGAGCUACCAGGUAUCGCAUGAGAGCCAGAUAUCGAUCUGAUGGCACAUUACCAGAGAUAUGUUACAAUGACAGUUAUAACAUGAGUACCAAUGGUACCGUGUCGUACCAGGGUCGGUUUGUCUGUCCUCUGGAAGAGAGUAUGUCUGAGGAUUACCGAUAUUGCUGUGGGGAGGAAGGGAAGCAGUAUUGCUGUACAUUCUGGGAAAAUCCUGGUCACAUAGUCGGUGUGGUGUUCGGAGUUCUUGCUGCAGCUGUUGCGCUGUUUUUUGGUGUAUUUUGUAUCAUUAAAUACAUGCAGUCCAAGAAAAGCAGGAAAGCCAGUGCAUACAAAUCCAGUGGACAUGAAAAUCUUCCAACAUAUUCUCCUCCCAGUUACGAGAUGGCGAAUUCAAACCAAAAAUCCCCAUACCCUAUCGACAACGGAGGAUACUCAUAUGGAGGAGACAUCAACGGUUACACCCAGUCUACACCUUACCCUCCAACCAAUGGGACACAGCCUACACCUUACCCUCCAUCCAAUGGUUACCCAGCUUCUCCUCCCUACCCUACAGCUGAUAAUCCGUGGGGUCAGAAGUACUGAUUUCUACUUUUAUAAGAUCUCUUAUGACUUUUUUUGUUGUAUGAAAGUCAAAGCAUGUUAACCUUUUCUUUUCAAUCAUGACAUUUUUUGUGGUUUAAUAUUUUACAAAGGAUUAAUAUUUAUCAAAAUACAAUUUCCAAAGAGUGUGUGCGUACUCAUGUCUCCAUACCAAUAGUAAUUACACUUGGGAAAGGAUAAAGUCAUUAUAUAUUAUUCAAUGUGCAACUUAAAUGAUAUUACGUUUCAUAAUAUUUCCAGAUCUGUACAAAUAUCCAUUAUUUUAAUUCAAUUUUUAAACAGAUUAGAAUCUCAUAUUUUUAAAGAACGAUCAUUUUAUUUUGUAUGUAUAUAAAUAUGUUCGUAUCAUGUGCCAUUUUUAGGAGAAUUUAUAUUUAGUUUUGCUAAGUUUGAAUGAGAGUAACAGAUCAAAACUAUUUACUUGCAGAGAUAAACUAAAUAUAAUAUACAUAUUAUCUUUUAUUAAUAUCAGAUACAUUAUCUGUUGUUAAAUGCUGUGAUACUGUUGCUAAUGUAUACAUGUAUAAAUAAAAGUGCUUAAUAAAAAAAUCU